CCACUACUUGAGGUCUGUCGUAUCCCAUCACCCGCCGUUCGUUCUCUCUCUUCCCACUCCAUUCAUCGAUCCUUAUCGCCUGCGCUCCGCGAUCGCCCCAUUCCGAACCCUAAGCCCCCUUUCACGCGAUCGAUCGAUCGAUCGGAUCUUCGAAGAAGAAGAAGAAGAAGAGGAGGAUUUGGAAGCCGUAGCCGAUGAUGUCCGUGGAGAGAUCCUUCGAGGCGUGGGAGGAGGUGCAGCGCCACGGCCUCGACCUAGCGGAUCGACUCGCUCAGGGCUUUAACGGCCUCCUCCAGUCCCACAUAGCCCCUCCCCCCUUCCCCUGGCCCGCGCCACACAAGAUCGACCCCAUCCUCCCGGCCUCCGCUGCCGCCGACGGCGUCUCCGCCAUCCUCGGCAUCGGAAACCGCCUCGGCCAGGCUGGCGCCGAGCUGGGCGCUUGCAUCAACGGCGUGGUGCAGCAGUUCUUCCGGCAGCUUCCCGUGCCGUUCUGGCACGAAGAAGAGGAUGAGAGGCUCGCGGCCCGGCUCGGGGUGGAUCUCGACGGCAGUAGGAAGUGGGACGAGGCUGUGGAGAUUCGCGGGGGUAGUGGCCAUGCUGGCGGCUCGGAAGAGCAUGGUUUGAUUGCGGAUCAGUUCGGUGGUCGGAGUUUCUUGGAGCCGGUGGCAGCGGUGGGAGGCUUGGACGGGUUGGAAGAUGAGGAAGGAUUUGAGCUUGAUUUGAGAUCACCAAGACGGUUUGGUAAGCCUCAGGGCAUCAUUAAUAUUACAACAACAUAUGAUAGUAGGACCAAUGACAUCGAAAGUUCAUUGGUUGCACGUGGAGACCUAUGGAGAGCAGAGGCAUCACAUGGUGGCUCCACUUCAAGGAAUGAGAGUUCACCACUUUUUCUUAUCCAGCUUGGACCUGUGCUAUUUGUUCGGGAUACGACACUUCUUUUGCCUGUUCAUUUAUCAAAGCAACACUUGCUUUGGUAUGGUUAUGACCGGAAGAAUGGAAUGCAUUCCCUGUGUCCAGCUUUAUGGUCAAAGCAUAGACGAUGGCUGUUGAUGUCAAUGAUCUGUCUCAACCCAUUUGCUUGUACAUUCAUGGAUUUACAGUUCCCAAAUGGACAACUCACCUAUGUGGCUGGUGAGGGCUUGACCACUAGCGCUUUUCUUCCUUUAUUUGGUGGGUUGCUUCAAGCCCAAGGUCAAUAUCCAGGAGAAACAAGAUUUAGCUUCUCUUGCAAGAACAAAAGUGGCACUCGUAUUACUCCAGUUGUGCAGUGGCCUGACAAGUCAUUUUCACUUGGAGUCGUACAAGCUUUAGCUUGGAAGAGAUCUGGCCUCAUGUUACAACCAACCAUCCAAUUCAGUGUGUGCCCUACCUUUGGUGGAAGCAAUCCUGGGUUGCAAGCAGAACUCAUACAUUCUAUGGAUGAGAAACUUAGUUUAAGUUGUGGUUGUUCUGCCACUGCCCAUUCGUCUGCCUUUGCCUCUCUAGCUCUUGGGAGAUCCAAGUGGAAUGGCAAUGCUGGGAAGUCUGGGAUAGUCAUUAGAGUGGAAGCUCCCCUUGACUCUAUUUGCAGGCCUGCCUUCUCUAUUCAGUUGAACAGUGGAGUGGAGUUCUGAUCCUCUCUCGGUUCAUUGUACAGAUGAUUAUGUACAUAUUUUAAGCUUCUAACCUACAUGCAACGUGAAGAUACCCUACUAGUAUACACAGAUCCAUCAGUAAUUCUCGAGAAGACAUCUAAUUUCCUGCCCCACUACCCACCAAGUUGCUUGGACAAGAAGAUCAUGUGCAAACUGCCAGUGGACGAUACACAAAGAUCCAUCAGUAAUUCUCGAGAAGACAUCUAAUUUCCUGCCACACUAUGCACCAAAUUGCUUGGACAGGAAAAUCAUGUGCAAACUGCCAGCGGACGAGCCACUGCUAUGAGGUUUAAGCCUAAUUUUCCCGCAGUCAGGUAUUCUGUUUCAUGAUUAAUGUACUGGUAGCAAUAUCGUAAAACUACAGGGUGCUAUGCUACUGCAGCUAUAGUGCUUGUAAAUGCAGAAUUAAGGAGGCAUCUACCAUGAUCGAUGCUCAAGUCGAUACAAUUUGUAAAAUCAUCGUGGCAUUACAUAGGUGAAUGUAUACCUGUGCUUGGAAUCUUCCAGAUCACCACUGUUUCAUUAAUCAUGUACAAUUAUUUAGCAUGUAUCCUUAGUUAUUUCAAGCAUUUCCUGCACUGUGUUUAUCUUCA